CUUACAUCCUCUGACAGGACGAAAACAAGCGCAGAUCAAUCUCUGGUACUCCUGAAUAGGACCCUCAUCCACAGACUAGUCCUCGCAGCUAUGGGCUGAAGUGUUGCGGCUAACUUUGUUGAAACAGUCGUCACCAUGAUUGGCUGCUUUCGGGUAGCUUUCCUGAUGCAGUUAGCACUAAAAUGCAUUCUCUUUCCCUACUACAGAUAUCUUAUAUACAUCGGCCCUCUUCAAGUCUUCAAUAUCACAGCAACGUCUUGAUCUUGUUCACUGCUAGCUCAUCGACCACACCUGUAACCUUUCACAAUGACUGUAUCCGAGGCCUCUUUUUCGGCGCCGGCCAAAACCGUCACGUUCAAUGGCCUGCUCUUUGAUAUGGAUGGUACUAUCAUCGACUCAACGGAUGCAAUAGUCAAGCACUGGCACAAGAUUGGAAAAGAGAUAGGCGUCGAUCCUAAUGUAAUCCUCGCCACAUCGCAUGGACGAAGGUCGAUCGAUGUCCUUAAAAUCUACGAGCCAAAGCUCGCAAAUAUGGAGUAUGUCAACCAUGUCGAGGGCUUAAUACCAAAGGAGUUUGGACAAGACGCGGUUGAAAUACCCGGCUCGCGAGCCUUGUUGGACAGGCUCGAAGAAAACCUCGUUCCAUGGUCUAUCGUCACCUCGGGCACGCGGCCGCUUGUGCAAGGCUGGCUUGAUGUCAUGAAGUUGGCGCAUCCCAAGAAUCUCGUAACGGCGGAAGAUGUACUCAACGGCAAGCCAGACCCCGCGUGCUAUCAGAUGGGCGCAAAGAAGCUGGGACUCCAAGAAAAGGAACCUUCCAUCGUUGUCUUUGAGGAUGCGCCCGCAGGCGUUAGGUCUGGCAAGGCAGCAGGGUUCGUAGUGGUGGGACUCUACACAACCCAUACACUAGAACAGCUGAUAGAAGCGGGCGCAGAUUACAUUGUCAGGGACAUGCGCAGUGUCACCCUGAAAUCCUGGGAUAAGACGACUGGGCAAGGAGCCAUACAGAUAGAAAAUGCCUUGGUUUAGGCAAGAAGAGCCGACAAUGACAAGUACCUUACUCAUUCUUGUGUGGACGACUCAGUGCUUUGCCAGGGUUGUUGAUGCGCUUACUCGACAC